AUGGAUGAGUGGUUCCUCUUCAUCCUGUAUUCUUUGGCUGGAAAAUGGAAAAUACCAUUCAGAGAAGCUAACUGCACAGAGCAGGUCACACAGAACCACCACACCACCUGUGCCCUCGCAGCUGAGGAGGCUGCCCGCACCCUCACUUAUGUCAUGACAUGGCACAAAGAGUUUGAGACCUUCGAGCUUUUAUUCAGGGAGCUGUUCCUGCUCCAGAAUGUCUACUGUGAUCACGUGGAAUCAUUCAAGGAGCAUUUCCCUUCCAGCAGCCAGAGUUGCUUUACCAGAGCCUCCCUCAUUUCCUGGGAAAACGGGGUGGUCUAGGGCAGCAUCUCCCACCUGUGGACUGACCUCCACUGCACAAGAGACCUGUUGGCCUUGGCCGUGCCCUGGUGCUACCCACUCAACACCUGUGGUCAGGACCUCUCCUUGAAGAACCACAGGGUCAUCGAGCUGCUGAAGGGCCUUGAGGACAAGAACAUCACACCCAGGGUGCUGCCACCUCCCCACAUCACCACCUGCACCAAAUAUUUGCACAGGGAGCAAUUUUACUCUUCCUUUUCUUUCAUGCCAUGGACAUUUGUGCUCGAGACGCCCCUGCCGCAAAACCUGACCAUCUAUUUUGGCUCUGCCUACUGGCCAGUGGCCAUCACCCGGCUCUUUGUGGGGUUUGUGCUGCAGGACCAGCGUGUUCUCCACCUGCUGGCAUGGCCCAAGGACACCAACAGCCCUGACGGGCACUCCUGGGUGAUGCCCUGCACAAUCCCAGGGUACCACACUCAGCAGCUCUCCCAAUAA